AUCGGGUCAGUGGCAGUGCGCCGGGCGCGCUCCACCAGGUUGGGUGUGUGCUCACUCCCGUGUAAACCCUUGUCAUUUGUCCUCCUCAUCUGAUAGUUGAUAAACACCCAGUCAUGUUUGUUGAUACCACGUGCUCAAUGGUUUUCUGAUUAUUGUAAUUAAGGGCUUUGAAGGCCUUCGGUGUGCUUUGAUAUCAGAGAAGUGGAGGCCGAUGAGAAGAGAAUGUUUUGAUUUUGCCGAUGAAUGCAGGCGACAUUGCACAGUCUACAUACUGAUGUCGUUAACUACGAGUGAAAAUAUGAUGGAUUGAAUGGAAAUUGAAAUCUAAUCUAAAUUAAAAGUCCAAAGUCGUCUGUCAGAUAUAUGGUCUUCGCGUAAGAACUAGUACUUUUAGAGAAAAUUUCACAGGCCUGACUUAUACACAUGUCUGUGUAUACAUAUGCUUAACGACUAUUGUUCGCCUGGUGAUUCACAUACAUUGAAUAUUCUUUUCUUUCCGCUACUGAGAUCAAAUUCUCAUAUUUUUAAAGCUCAAAAAUCAUAAAUAUACAUCGUGAACAACUUUGAAUGGAUUGAUCGCUGGUGAUACAAAGUUGGAGAAUAGGAGCUAAGAGGGAAUAAAGACAGAUGGAGGUGGAAAGUUAAAGUGGAAGAUAGAAGUUGGAAUCGAACUUUUCAUGCUGUUAGGAUAAUGGGAGUACAACUGAAGAGAUUGGGAGUAUUCCUGAUGUGGCAAUGGCUUGUUGUGGCCUCACCACUGGAGCCACAGUUCCUGAUACCAGACAGGAGUAUAAGGGAGGGAUCGUAUAUAAGACAUUACACAGCUGUUCAUUAUGACACGGAGAUGCUGAAGAGACAUCGGAUACGAGGACGACGAGAUCUACGAAGAAGGGGAGAGAUGCUUUGGUUGAAUGUAACAGCAUUUGAAAGAACUUAUAGGAUGCGCCUCGUCCGGGACACGACUUUGUACCACGAAAAUGCCAUCUUUGAGGCAUCGAGUGGCCGUCCAAUUUCAUUCGAUUCAUCUCACAUUUAUAUGGGAACGCUCGAGGACGAUGAGAAUUCCAAAGUACAGGGUAUUAUCACUGAGGAUGGCUUAUUUGAUGGUACGGUUAUUACUACUACUGAUGAAAUUUACAUCGAGCCAGUAACGAGGUAUACAAGACUUGUGAGACGAAACGCAGAUGUCAGUUAUCACACUAUUGGAUAUCGAGUUAAUGACGUUGCUCUGCCCAUGGCUAGUCCAAUGAUACCUUCAUAUGGAACUACUGGUCUUAUUGAGAAUUUAUCAUUCAACCAGACGCAUAUAGAUGGGUUGGAACGCGUUCUGCGAAACCGGAAAUCAGUUGACCCAAAAAAAACAACAUGCAUGUUGUAUCUGCAGGCCGAUCACACGUUCUUCGAUCACUAUAAAUCGGAGGAGGCUUGCAUCGAGGUCAUGACCCGUCACGUUCAACGAGUCAAUUCGAUAUACCGUUACACAGAUUUUAAUCAGGAUGAACAACCCGAUAACAUAAGUUUCAUGAUAAAGAGAAUUAAAAUAUACGGUACUGAUGCUCUUCAUAAUCCGUCGUAUCGUUUCACCGGAAAGUACGGCGUUGAGGAGUACCUUGAACUCUUCUCAGAGGAAAAUUACGACGCUUUUUGCCUGGCGUACAUGUUUACUUAUCGUGAUUUUGAGAAGGGAACACUGGGGCUUGCGUGGACUGGGGAUCUGAAGAAUGCAGGAGGGGUUUGUGAGAAAAAUGGGCAUUAUCGAGGCAGUAUGAAGUCCCUAAACACCGGGAUAAUAACUCUCCUGAACUACGGAAAGCACGUACCACCGGCGGUAUCACACGUCACUCUUGCCCACGAAAUUGGUCACAACUUCGGCUCACCGCAUGACCCAGAUCAGUGUUCACCCGGAGGUGAGGAUGGUAACUUCAUAAUGUUCGCACGAGCGACCAGUGGGGACAAGCGAAACAACAAUCGAUUCAGCCCGUGCAGUCUACUCUCCAUCAAUCCUGUGUUGAAUAUCAAGGCACGCUCUAGCAAGGGCUGCUUUGCUGAACAACAAACUGCCAUUUGUGGAAAUGGAGUUGUCGAAGAGGGAGAGGAAUGUGAUUGCGGUUGGGAGGAAGAUUGCAAUGAUCCUUGUUGCCAUCCUCAACGACUUCAUCACGCCCCUUUUGAGAUACCCUGUCGUUUAACUGAAAAUGCCGUAUGCAGUCCCAGUCAGGGUCCGUGUUGUUCGUCGGAGUGUUCGCUGCGUAAUGGGGAGAAAUGUAGGGAUAACAAUGGAUGCAGAGACACUAGCUUCUGCGAUGGACUAACUCCCCAGUGUCCUCCUUCCAUUAAUAAACCCAAUAAAACAAUCUGCAAUGAGGAAUUUGUCUGCUACAUGGGGGAGUGUACAGGGAGCAUUUGUCUUGCUUAUGGCCUAGAAUCUUGCCAAUGCAGUGCGAGUCCGAUCGAUCCUCCAACCAAAAGUUGUGAAUUAUGCUGUAAGCUACCCGGGGAGGAGCAGCCGUGCAUAUCAUCCUUCGAGUGGAAUUCCCCUCCCUACGAGAUUCCCAAUAUGAUGUCAAAGCCAGGCACACCCUGCAACGACUACAAUGGCUACUGCGAUAUUUUCCAGAAAUGUCGCGAGGUCGAUCCCACUGGGCCGCUAGCAACUCUCAGGCGAUUAUUACUGUCUGAUAUGAGUAUGGAAAGAGUUCACAGAUGGAUAACCGACCGGUGGUAUGUCAUUACCCUUGGGGUACUUGGUAUCAUCAGUAGCUUGUUUAUUCUAACGAUCUCAUUCAGCAAACCUUCAAAGCCCAAUCUGCGGAUUUUAUAUCCAACAUCAGAGGAUUCAUCAUUUCGUCAUUUACACCCCGAACCUGUGAUUGAUCGACCCAAUUCGAAGUGGAUAAUUAGCACAAUGGGUGCAUCGAAAAAGCUCUCGAGAAUCAAGCGUAGGAUUUUAGAGACCAUGAAGAGUAUUGCAUCGCCGAGAAAAAUCAGUGAUUUAGCGCCACUGCCUACUCAUAAGGACACAAGGUCCAUUAAAAUGUAACAAAGCUAUUGAAAUUGUAACUGAGAGUGAAAAUAUUAUUUUUGGAGUGGGUAUGAUGGAUUCCCGACAAUGCUAAUGUAUUUAAUUGGGCAAAAUUUUGGUGAAUAGAUUUGUUCUGCAAAAAUGUGCCAAUCAUGCUGCCAGUGAUAUUAAAAUGUAAGAGACUGAGCUGAUGCUCGUUCUGUAAAUAUUGUAAAUGAAGUGAAUAUUAAUUUGAAUUGAUUAUUCAAAAGCUCUACUAGACUAUUUAAUUACUAAAAUAUUCAAGGGAUAUUAAUCAAUGAGCCAUGAAGUAAUAUUGUUAAUGUAGGUAAACUAGAUAAAUUAAU